AUGUCGGCAGCAUUCGAGAUUCCAUCUGACGUGCUGUUGCUCGUCUUUGAGCAGCUCGUGGGCGACAGCGCCACAUCGUCGAGCGCCAGCCUGACUUCUCGAGCAUGGCACACUCAUGCAAUACCAUUUCUACUCCAGGACGUCGACAUCAGCUGUCACAAUAGAGGGCGAAUGCUCGACUUUGAGGACGACACAAUCUUUCGUCGUGCCUACGCUGACUUUUCGGAUCGAUGGCCGCCUCGCCAAUCUUCAAAUGUGCGCCACGACUGGCUCCCACGGGACUUGGUCACUCGACAACGAGCGCUCCUGCACUUGAUCAUCGAUCACUAUGACCGAGCCAGAUAUGUGCGCUCGCUAACAUGGACUCUGGUUUGGAUGGCAGACGAAGAGACACAGCAGGACAUCGACCGGCAGACCUGGAAUGUAUUCCAGGCUUUGGCCAACGUCACUCGCCUUGAUCUGGCCUCUCUCCACGAGAUCUGGGAUCAACCCUUCAUUCGUCAGACACCAAGCAGAAUGUUCUCGGCUGUUACUGACCUUCGGCUCGUCGGCUGGAUGCACCGGGGGCUCGUUCGCAGCAUACUGGACGGUCUCGACUGCGCGAGGCUAUCUGUGCUGAAGUUCGACUACUUGCAGGACGAGCGCGCUCUUCCAGAUGGCAGUCCGAUGCCAGAAGAGCUCAAUCUAGAGUACGCCCAUAGUGCUCAGAACAACUUCAGCUUAGAAGAUACAGUACUGGUCAGUCAUGAGCUUUGGGACCGUCAGGAAGCGGGCACGGCAGCCAUAUUUCCCGGUCCGAUGUGGACGCCGUCUAGACUGCUUUCUCUACCAUACGCUCUUUAG